ACACAUAUGUCUGGAGCACUGGAGUAUUUUCUCGAUGCCGCGAUUACAGCCUUUGAACAGGUUAACUAACAUGCCGUCAGAAAAUUCUCCGCUUCUUGAUAAUGAAGUUGUAAGUUUUAGCUCCGAUCAUGUUGUCAUACCCUUCCUUUUCGCGACGCUCUUUGUAAUUCCCCCACAAAAACGUACACGCUAUUAGAGCUUAUUAGCUUACUUUGUGUUUGGUCGUAGCCUGGAGUUCAACACCAAGUAACCCGUAGAAGACGUUUGUCAGAAGCUGUGGACAAUUCACGAUCAGUAUCAAGCGAGGUGAGUAGGACAAAUCAAAUAGGUUGUCUCAUAGUCUUCAAUAUUCGAAACAAGAUUAACAGCUUCCUAGGUAUUAAAGUACCCAACUCAGAUUUUAUUUCUCUCUCUUUUUUAUAGAAUGGCUCUCUAUGUAAUUCAGUGUCAGAACCAGGAAGUCUUCAAAAGAUCUCAUCAAAAUAUGAGGUAUCGCAAAUAAUAUAUUUCCAAACCAUAGGUUCAAUGCUGUUGUUGAAGACACACAGUUUUAGCUAUUGAUAACAUCACGCGGUGUCACAUGUUUUGAAUUUUACACUAGUGCAUAGCCAAAAAAAUAUAAUCAUUAAAGUAUGCUGAUGCCAAUGAUCAAGAUGUUAAAUUCCGGGCAUUAUAACUUGGUUAUGAAUGACAUCAAUGAGUAUUGAUGGGUAAUCAUUGAGUAAUCAUGAUUAUGCACUUAUCAGCAGCCAUCCAGGGGAUCGACCCGGGAGAACUUCCGGGCAGUUUUGACUGAUGGUCCCAAAGUGAGCAUGUGUACCAAAUAAAAUGUUUUCAGCUUUGUGCAGACUUCUAUAAAACGUGUAAUCUUGUAGUCCUUAAAUAAUGAAGUUUUAGGCUGAGGUGUUGCUCUGUAAAAUUUAAGCCUGCCCUUCCCCUUCCUGCCGCCAACCCCUCCCACUCCCUCACCUGGGUGUCUGGCAAUUUUAAAUACUUUUCUAGAGGAAACUGUAAAUGCCCAAGACAGUCAUGGAGUCAUGCACAGCAGCUGUUAAAAGUUGUAUUACAAAUUAGGGAUGUCCUCAGCCGUUUUGAAAGAGGGAUUCCAACUUGCUUAAAGCUAGUCACUCAAGGAAUUUUAAUUAUACGACAUUAAGGAGGCAUGCCCAUGUCAUCUGCAGUAGAUGACCAACUUCUUGACAUUUUUUCCUUAUAUCUCAACCUUUUAAGAUGAAAAUGUAAUAAUAGUCAAUGAAACCUUACCCUGGUUUUUGCACUUGUGCAAGAAUUUGAUUCCAGUACGAAAUCUCACAACAGCAUCACGUAACUAAUUAAAGGAGCGAUUACUCAUUUUGGUAUAAAAUUGGCCUCCCAGUGGACUGGAAUGGGUAGCUAAUGUGGUAACUUUCCUCAAUGCAACAUUUACUCUUCCAGUUUGGUUUCUGAAUGAACUUGAUUCUCUGUUUUGUUUUGAAAAAAAAAAAACCACUGUGAUAAGAAUGGCCAAAAUGUUAAUGGCCAAUUCUAUAAGAAUUCUUUUGGAUCUGAAUUGCCUCUUUUGUGUACCUUACAACAGAGUUUAGAUUAUGAUACUGCAGAAAAUACUCUUUACUUCAAGGAACAGAAGUCGUAUUCAGCAGAGGUAAGAACUGAUUCAGCGGUAUAGUUGAGAAUAAUAGUCUGAAUUAUUUUGUCCCAGAAAGUAUCCAUACCCCCUUUUUUGAGGGUUUGCUGGAAGUUCCAGUGAAGUUACAAAUCUCCACUUCCCCACCCUGUUAUCCCUGGAAAAUCCAUUGACAGGGUUCAUAUGGGACGUAGAAAUCUUGGAAAGUUUAAUAAUUUCAUUUUUAGGCCUCAGAAAGCCAUGGAAUUCUAUUUUCAGUCGUGGAAAUUGAUGAAUAAACUGAUUCUUACUAGCUCUAAUUUGCCAUCUUCUUGCUAACACUUCCUUGUCUGGCUACCUACAGACCUGGGGGGUGGGGGGGGGGGGAUACUAUUUUUUGAUACCAUACGUUUUUACUAUUUCUCUAUUAACUUAUUUCUUAUAUAAUGUACACUUUUUAUGUAUUUUGUUAUUUAUUGUUUAGUUCAGUAAUAUAACUUUCUAUUAUUUUUUCUUAUAUUUCAUUUACUCUAUCGUGUUCUGGUCAGUAGAUAAGAGACUGGGGUGGGGGGGGUGGGGGUGAGGUGGUACUUCCUUAUAAGGGUAGAGGCUAAUGGGGAUGUGCCGCUGGAUGGGGUCGCAUUUUCACAACUGGAUUGACUAUAAUGGGGUCGCCUUUUCAAUGGAGUUACUAGAAUGCAAUCGCACAUUUUCAGAUUUUUGGGGGUAAGACAGUUCUUCAUAUUUACGGUUAGCAAACAUACCAGAACGUUUGUACUGCGGAUGAAAAUUAACGUGUUCUUCAUUCAAUCUAAAAAUGGGUCAAUUCAUAAAAAUAGAAAGUGACUAAGCUGGGAUCACGAAAAUUACAUAUUUGCCCAAAAGUGACUAAGGUGGGGUCUAUAAAUGGCCACAGAAUAGACUAUAAUGGGGUAGGGGCUCUCCCCCUCCCCUCCGGGCCUACAGAACAAGUUUGGUUUAUUGGCCCCUCCAAUAGCGCUGUGUCCUUUCUGUUGUUGUUGUUUUUUUUUUUUACACAGGAACGACUGAAAAUCAACAUCAACAGAUGGGUGGUCAUGUUUAUCAUAGGAUUCAUAACUGGACUUAUUGCAUUUUCAAUUGACUGUUUAAUAAUAAUCAUAGCUGACCAAAAGUAUAGUCUUAUAAAGGAAUGUAUCCUUUUUAUAUUAAUUUUGCUUCCGGUAGCUUUGCAUCAACAAAAUUGAACUACAAUGGAGUUAAGGAAUAAAACCUGAUCCAUAGAAAGAAAUGUGAAAAACCCAUUGUACUGAAAAUAAUAUUAUAGUUCAUUAACAGGUAACUACAGAGUUGCACAGGGAAUACAGUUAUUGAUACACACAGACAGACAACCAGUUGUUAAGGUUCAUGUUGCCGAUUGAGUUAAGCUCCAGUGCAGGGAUAUUUUUUAGUUGGGCAGACGCUAAGUUUCCUGUUGCUGUCAUCUUUGAUUUGGGAAACAGAGGAAGAUUGGGGAGAGUGAAUGUAGAGACUGUCCCCUUUGAUUAGCUCCAACUCGUUUAUUUAUUUAUUUAUUUUUGGAAUUCAUUGUGGUAGUUACUUCAGCAAGUUAUUAAUUUUAUUAAAGUAGCUGCAUGUUCAAAAAAAAUGUCUGCAUUACAGGCUAAAGUUGAGGUGGAUAAAUCUAAAUUAAUAAUUAUUUUAAUUCUGAAAAAAUGCAAAAAAUAAUUAUUAUUUUGUAAUAACAAAAUAAUAAAAUAAUGUAUUUGUUGAUUGACUAACAAUAAUAAUUAAUGAAAGAUUUAUCCCAUUUUUUUUCAAUAUGUAAAGAUCAAUAUUAGGAACUUAACUGCAACCCUUAAGAUAUUGACUGGUGUACGAGCGGUGACUGUAUGACUGCUCCUUUCUCAUUAUGGGUUGCGCUUGAUGUGCUCUUUGUCCUUAUUGCAACUGUGUUGGUUGUUUAUGGAGAGGUACAGCUGCUUUUAAAAUGGAGUAUUCCAUAAAAAAUCCCAAUACCCAUUGUCGAUUGAAUGCUGGAAAUUCAUGUUGAAGGGGAGGGGAUGUUAAAACAUCUAGAAACCCUUGCCAACUAUCAAAAUAUCUCGCCAUCUUACUUUGUCGAGAGGUGUGGAUUUUUUCUGGAAUAACUCAGUGGAAUGGUGUACUGGUAAAUAUACUCGUGAGUGUGGCAGGAUUGAGCCUCAAACACUCAAUCAACUUUAUAAUAUCAGUUUCAAUUGGCCAAGGCUGGAAGAAACUAGCCUCUACUAAUUGGUGAUACCUAUAAUAAUAGCUACAGUAAAACUACCAUUAAUGAUUAGACUUCUCUGUAUGAUAUUGUUUUUUCUUAUUCUCACUUUGAUAACUAUUUAAACACCAAAUUCAAUAAAGUUGAAGCCUGACAACCAGUUUCAUUAGCUCUUCAAGUUAUUUUGGUGACCUGUUGUACCUCUUGAGUCUUACCGUACCUUCCAAUAAUGUUGUAGUGUUUUUAUUUUGAUAUGAUUUAUUUUUUCAGCCUGUUGCAAUCGGGAGUGGCAUUCCUCAAAUCAAGUGUUAUCUCAAUGGAGUACUUGUUCCUCAUGUGGUACGACUUAAGGUAUGUAGAAUAGAAAGACGCAAUAAUAAUUGCAUAAUUAGUACCUAACAGAGGGAGCAAUCUUAUAACUUCUUUUGUAAGGUACAUUACAUUGUAAAUUCAAGCUUUGUGGAGGGGAUUGUGGUGGUGCUCUCUUUAUUUCAUUUUUGUUUUAGCAGAAUACCCAUACCCUCUCCUUAAGGAUAACUCCCAUAUAAAAGUGACAGGGAUGCUUGUCAUCUUGCUUGGGGGUGUAAUUAGUAUUUACUAAAAAAGCUGUGACACCUACCACACAAAAAUCUGAUGAGGCAUUCUAUGUCAACAUCUUUAGUGCAAAAAAAACUUCUCUAGCUCUUAUUUAUAUGUCUGUUUUAGUAUGGUCUCCUUAAGGGUCAGUUUAAACUUGGGCCUUACCCAAAUUCGUCUCCUUUAGGGGUUUAAUAAUUAUGUUAAUUUUCCUACAGGUAUUCCCAUCAGUUAUAUGGGAGUACCCCCUCUGGGACCCUCUCAUUGAAAUCAUUGCUAACAAGUAUCGUCAUGUUCUUCAUUAGACCCUAUUCUGCAAAGUGGUAGGUGUAAUAUUCUCAGUGGCGGGUGGCUUGGCUUGUGGCAAGGAAGGUCCAAUGAUUCAUGCUGGUGCAGUUGUUGCUGCAGGUGUGUCUCAAGGAAGGUCUACAACAUUCAACAAAGACUUGCACUUGUUUCAUUAUUUUCGUGAGGACCACGAAAAAAGAGAUUUUGUUUCUGGAGGCGCAGCAGCUGGAGUGUCAGCGGCGUUUGGAGCUCCUGUUGGUAAGCCUUUUCAUCAUUUUAGUCAUUUCUCGGCCUCUCCAUUGGGUGUGUCGUUUAUCCGAGGGUGGCAUUUAUUAAUCGUAAUUUUGCUUCCAUCUGUGGCAUUUAUUAACCCUUUAAGCCCCAGUAUCCACAUACAAAUUCUCCAAACUGAUCUCCAUACAUUUCCUUAAAGAAUGAGUUGAGAGAAUUUGAUAAAAGAUCAAGGCAUUUUUACUCGGGUGGUCAUUUUAUUAAUUCCCAUAACUUAUCUGUUGAUAAUGUAUGGAUAUUGUAAGGAGAAAAUUGAUCUUGGUAACUAUUGGCACUUAAAAGGUUAAGUGUGUAAAUACGGUAUUCUCAAGACCUUUCUUUAUAUAGUUAAUUUUCCUUUGAUGUGGACGCUAACAGGACGUGUCAGUGUCUGUAUUAUUGAUCUGGGUGUUCUUAUUAAGCAGGCUGUCAUGGUAUACUUCACCGAUACAUGUUUUAUCAACACAAAGGCUAAAGCACACAAUUUUUUCAGGAACAAACUGAAGAAACCUUGGCUCAUUCAAAUAGUUUUGCACUGAAGUUUAAGUUUGUUCAUUGCUUUAAAAGCUAAUGAUUUUGAAUAAUUCAUGACUUUGCUGUCAUUUUCAAUUUGCAGCACAGCUAGAUGCAUAUGGACUAUGUAUUAGCCAAACCUUGAAAAUACUACGCAGAUCAGUAGUGUGUUUAAAGUGCCAUUUAAUUCAUUUGUGGGAGAGCGCUUCGUAGCACUUUCAUAAAAAUUACUGUUUUUGCACUUCUUGUUGAUAAAAAGGGCAUGAGGCUUCUCAUUCUUAUCUUGUGUAGAUUAUAACGAACAGCUAGUAAACGGCAAGUAAAAGGAAAACUUGGUCAUGUGGUGUACAAACUGCCGUUUGCCGGUAACUUGAUUCUUAAUCUCUAACGACUUUAUCAAUAUUUUUUAGAGCUCUAAAAUGUCUCCGUUUCUUUUCAGGUGGAGUUCUUUUCAGUUUGGAAGAAGGAGCAAGCUUCUGGAAUCAAAGCCUAACGUGGCGAAUGUUUUUUGCUUCGAUGGUAUCAACAUUUACUCUUAAUGUUCUUUUAUCAAUUUACCAUGGUUCUCCAAUGGAUCUGUCAAAUCCUGGACUGAUCAAUUUUGGCUCUUUUGAGGUCAGUAUACUCAUACUGUUUCUAAUGGGAUCGCACUUGCAAUGCUUAGAGAUAUAUUAUAAAAGAUGUAGAAAGAACACUACAGUAUGUAUUGAAAAGUCCAUCGUGGCAGGUCUUCGAGGGUUUCACUUGCAACAAAAAUAUUCCUAGAUUAGAAAUGAUUUUGUUUUUCUAAAUUGAAGAUACAGUUGUAUCCUUGAUUUAGAAAAACAUAGACUUUCAACAUGCUCUUACGUUUUUGCCAAGAUUUUAGCGUGUAUUUUACGUAUACAAAAUUUACUGUGAGACAGAGAUCCGAAGCAACACUGCAUGCAGUUAAAAAAAUCAGCUUUUUUAUGAAGACUUAUAUAUCUAGCAGUUUUUUGAAAACGAACCUUAAGCGAAACUUGCAGCCAGCUGAAUGAAAAAGAGCUAAAAGGCAGGUUUUUUGCGCUCAACAAGCUCGAAAAUCACACUAGGAAACGAGAAAAAGAGAGAGCAAGGAGGAAGAAAGGACGAGAAGAAAAAAAGCAAUGGCUGCACUCUUUUUUUUUCAGUAUUGGCAACUUUGGAGAUAGUUUCUGCUGACGUUUUCAAAAAUCCGGCUUGAUGAUUAUAAAAUGUUGAAAACAAAUCAAAACUUUUGAUUUUGGAUAGAGUAACUGUAGCCCCAUUUACAAGGGUCCGGACAAAUUUUUGAAUGGACAAAAACUUGCACAGAUCCGCGUUUCGUUUACACGGAACCUGCAAAACCGUGCACGUUUUUGAACGGCAAACAGUACUGCAUGCAAUCUGUGACAAAAUUUGCACAGUCCGUGUAAACGGGCUGCACAGGUUAAAAAAUUCGUCCGUUCAAAAAUUUGUGCAGACCCGUGCAAACGGGUUCUGUGAGUGACUGGUCCGUUUUCUGUUUGAUCCCUAGGGACAGACCUAUUUCAGUUAUGAAUUCCCUUUAUUCUGUGUUAUGGCAAUUCUGGGUGAGUACGAUAAGUAUGAAUGCGGGUCAAAUUUUAAUCUCCAUUACCCACACAUGUAAAUUCUCAAGACUGGUUUUCAUACUUUUUCUUGAAGAAUAAGUUGAGAGAAUUUGAUACGUGAUCAAAGCAUUUUCCAUGUGGUGAUCGUUUUAUUAUCUCUCCCAACCUCUUCUCUUGAUGAUGAAUUUCUGUUGUUAAGAGAAAAUUGAUGUUGGUCGCUCUUGGGACUUAAGUGUUAAAACUUUUAUUGCCAAGAACCGGUUCAAAUAUUAAGCAUUGCUAAGACGACCCAAUAUCAUUUUCCAAAAUACUGAAAACAAGUGGUACAGACGGACUGUGGUUUUCAAGGGGUUAACAUAUUUAUCCAACACGUUCUAUUUUAAAAAAUAUAGUAUAAGUUUUCAUUGCUGCUGUUGUUGUUUUUUAGGUGGUUUAUUUGGGGCUCUUUUCAACGCCAUCAAUCACCAUUUAUCCAUUUUCAGGAUGAAGUAAGCAUGUUUAAUUUGAUGUACCCUGGGUGCCAGAGACUUUUCGUGCGCUGUUUCUGGUUUUGGUCAAGUCUUAAAAGUGACCCGCCAAAGGCCGAAGACGUGUGGGCCUGCGGCCGACGAAGCUCCUUGUCACACGCGAGAAAAAGUCUCUGGUACCCAGGGUAAAUUUGAUGAGAUAAGCUACUAAAAUAAUUACGACCUUUCAUUUGGAAUAACCUCCGGAUCUCGGCCAUGCCGGUUUUAGCUAAUGUAGAUUUGCAAUCUAUACAAAAUUUCCAUCUAGAAAUUCUCUGUAAGUAUCAAACGACCAUUCCCAUUCCCUGUGACGUCAAGUUCAUUUGGUUAAUAAUGCCAAUUUCCGGGGGGGGGGGGGGGGGGGAUGGUUUCUCAGUGCUUGCACCUGCGGCGCUGCCGGUUUUAGUAAUUUGAGUUUAGCAAUAUAAAAAAAUUUCCCUUCGAAAAUAUCCUUAUAGAUUAAAAGGACCUAUCCCCUUCCCUUGGGAGGCAAGGUUUUUUGGUUUAUAAAUCAAAUUGCCGGGGGGGGGGGGGGUGCGGCAGUUACUUGAGUUAAUUUUUGCUGGGCGUGUGCCGCUGGCUUUUCAGAACCCCUACCCCAUUAUCGUCUAUUCUGUGGCCAAAUAUAGACCCCAUCUUAGUCACUUUUUUUUUUUCUAUAAAACAUUUCUUACGUUUACUUACAAAUUAGAAAUUAAGAAAGAAAAAAAGAGAAAAGGACAUGCACAUUUGGUCACUUUUGGGAAAAUGUAAUUUUUGCGAUCCCAACUUAGUCACUUUCUGUUCUUGCAUCUAUCUUAUAAAUCCUUUUAACAGGGUCAUUCUGAAAUAAAUUGACACAUUUGGUUAAACUUACUGAAAUAAAAAUCGUCCCAUUUUUAGAUCCCUACCUACCUCCAUUUUCUGAUUCCCCAAAUCCCGAAAAUGUGCGAUCCUAUUCUAGUAACUCUAAUGAAAUUGCAACCCCAUUAUAGUCAAUCCAGUCGUGAAAAUGCGACCCCAUCCAUCACAUCCCCAAUAGCCUGUUACUAGGAAGUACCCCCGGGGGGCCAAUUUGCGUCCUUAUUGGCUAUAUAUAAUAGAACUUGAAAAAAUAUUAGUGAGUGACAAAAUUACAGUUUUUUGUGAAUGUCUCCCAGGCAUUAUAUCAACCGUUAGAAACAACAAAAAUGAACUUUGAAAAACUGUUGGCUAACAGGUUUUCAAGAACCACAAUUGCAAUCCUUUUCAGUCUUCUUCAAGUUUGUCCAUCCUUGCCUCAUUUUUUAUUUGGUGUGUUAUUUAUACAUUCUUUUAAUGUUCUGCGCGGUUAUUUCACUAAAUUUAGUCUCAGUCCCCACUGUUUGAAUUUUUAUAAAUUUCGUGAUACAGCAGCUCCUUUAAAGUCCUUUUGCUUUCUCCCAUACAGGUUUGUGACGAGCAACUGGGUUCGUGUUAUUGAAGCUCUGAUAGUUUCGACUUUGAGUGCUACUUCUGCGUUCGUGUUAAUCUACUUCUACCAUGACUGCAAACCCAUAGGAGCCGCAAACAUAACCAGACCACUGCAGGUACUGCUACUAAUCGCAGAGCUCCACGCGCGUACAAGCAGAGCCCCAUAGUUAAGAAAAUGUGGUUAUUAUUCCAUUUCCGUCCGAUGAAUUUUGGUAGUCACGUGACCGUACGUCCCUCCGUCCACCCUUCCUUCUGCACCACAGGGAAACCACUGUGAAAGCUCACACUUUCUAGCUACUGUCAGAGCCUGCAACCUGAUAUUGCACAUCCAUGUUGUGGUCAAUUGACAGCUGUCAAAACAGGGUGUCCGCUGACCAGUAUCACAUAACUAUAUCGCGGGCUCGGGUGUGGACCCAUCGAUGGUACAUCUUCUUUUGAAAUUAUCCACUGACAAGUUACUAGUUUUCAAAUGAUCGCAGGCUCAACUCCAAACGGAUUUCUUUGCAAUGGUUACAAGUUAUUGGUUGAAGUAAAUAAAUAUUUAUUACUAUAAAUUUAUCAACGAGAGCUUCGCCUUUAGCCUUGCCUUAUCUAUAUACCGUAUUUCAUGAAAUUUUGGCGACACGUUAAUUUAGCGAUUUUGAAAAUCCUUAUUUAGCGGCAUUUUAAUUUGUCGUAAAUUUUGGAAUGUAAGUCACUUAAUUUUCGCGAUUUUACGAACUGAAACUUUAGCGAAUGUGAUAAAAAUAAUCAUGAACGUCAAUAGCUUCUUUUAAAUCAAAAUCAUACAACGUUCUGAUAAUUUUGAACGAAACAAACGAAACUGCCACUGUUCUGUCAUACCUUAAUGCUGUCCUCGCUUAUAUUUAAGGUACAUUGUCACAGAAAAAAGAGCUUCUCUCCUUCACUCCCCUCCGCUUUCUCGUUUCUAGCUUCACUUAUGUUUCAAAAUGCCUUGAACCAUAUGACAGUAAAUUUGGCGUAAUAACCUGAGAUCAAUAGGAAUUUCUCUCACACUAAUUUUGUGCAAUACUGCAAGCUAAUGCAAGUUAUAUUUCACUUUCUUCCUUUGUCUAGUUUUUCUGUGAGGAUGGUGAAUACAGUGCUAUGGGAACAUUAGUAUUCAGCACACCCGAGGAGUCAAUUAAAAACCUCUUCCAUUUACCCGAAGGUACGCCAGAAUAGCCAACGGGAUCGCUUCGUGCUAGCUGGGAUUUUUAACCUUUGAUGUUGAAUUUGAAACACAUUUGUAUUUUUUUUUCAAACUCCCAAGGUCAGAUUUCAAAGAGUGUCAUUAUAUACGCGGGAUAUAUCGAAGCCAUACUUUUAAUUUUAAUUGCGGGUUCUUGCCCAUACUUGUGUUUGUUUCUACUGUUUCAUUGCGCUGUUUUUCAAAUCUGUUAACUCUUGGAUCUUUGAUUAGACGUUGUAAAGUUAAAACGGCUUUUGCAGGCUGAAAAGACGUUCGAAUUUUUUAGCAUGAGAUUUUCUCUUACCUAGUUUCGUUAUAACCUGAGGUGACUGUAUUCUCAUAUUUUUUAUGAUACGACUAUUUCCAUAUUAGGUUCGUACCAUGUGACUACACUAGCUGGUUUCGCCCCAGUCUACUUCCUGUUAGCCACUUGGACCUACGGCUUGUUUGUUCCCAGUGGUCUUUUUGUGCCAUGCAUCUUAACUGGGGCGGCCUGGGGGCGGCUGUUUGGGGUAGCCUUGAGGACCUGGUUUCCUAAAGGAACCUGGGGAGAACCUGGAAGUUAUGCCUUGAUUGGAGCGGCUGCAACUCUUGGUAAGCUGUUAAGUAUUGCACAAACACUUGACAAACGGAAUCAAAGUAGACUGUUUGUCUUAUGUAACUCUAAGAAUAUGUUCGCAAUUUUAACGUCCUCGUGAGUGUAGUCUGGAACUGGACUGUUGUUGACAGUGACUGACGUUUUGACAACCUGUGCGGUAGUCACCUACACAGUCAAAGUGAACUAUAUCACGUCAGUUGAUGGUGUGGUUAUAGACCUGAUUAGCCAGUAAGUCGCGAUGGUAUUGGUUUUCUGUCAAUUAAGCCGAAAUGUUAUUGGCUAUGAAGACUCUAAAUGUGAUUUAUGCAUUUCUAUCCUCGUUUUGUCAAAUUUACAAUUGUCGUUUAUUUUUAAGUCAAAUUGUGGGUUGGCCAUUCAUUCUAUCGUUAUCAGUUUUGCCGACUUGAGUCCGUUUGUAAGUGACGGUAAAUGCUGAGUUUGAUUCAGUGGCGUUUGUCCUAAGUUAGUGAGCCAGCUUCAGCCAGUGAGUCGUUGAUAGUAGCCUGUAAAAUACGUAAUGCAUGUCGCAGAGUCCCAAUCGAUUUGAUGCUUCGCCCGGUCUGUAAAUGGUGUUCACCAAUGUGAUUGUUGACAUCAUUUCUUGUCGCUCGUUCUUGUUCAGUCGCUCGUUUGUAUUCCAUUUGUGUUAAGCAUUCAGCCGUGAAUGUUGAGUAAGAAGUUGUUCUCGCGGCUGUUCAUGCACGGUCAUCUAUAAUGCCACUCAGCACGCCACUGGACAAGUCUUCUAACAUGCGUCUAAACGUUUCGUCCGAACUUCGUGCGCUGUAUUUUCUACGAGUAUACUCCACGCUGUGUAUUAGAUCACAAGGUUGUCAGGACUGCAGCCAGUCGAAAUCUCUUACCAAACCAAUGUAAAAAAAAUGCAUUUGUAGUGUAUAGCCGCAGUAGUACCACAUUUUUUUUCCGUAAGGCAUACACAAAACCUUUCUUGCUUGAGCCUUACGGAAAACAGCCUCUCCUCUAUUGACCACAGAUCAAGAAGCGUGUUUCGUUAUAAGCUGCCUAGCGGUUUUUUGCUCUUUUCUCGCUUUCCUUGCAGGUGGUGUUGUCCGAAUGACAAUCAGUCUGACUGUUAUUUUGAUGGAAGCGACUGGAAACAUCAGCUUUGGUAUUCCAAUAAUGCUUGUCCUUAUGAUCGCUAAAUGGGUCGGAGAUUUCUUUAACGAGGUGAGAAUUUGAGCAUGUGCAUUUACAACAAAAACGAAACAUUUGUAUCUUCAGUUUUCCCCCAAUUUAGCUAGCAGGAUGUAUUUUUUUUCAAUUCUUCAUUUCUUCUCACACUUCUGCUUCACUGUAGUCAUAAGUGUGCGUUGAUAAUGCUUAUGAAAUCCUAUUUGUCUAUUGUCCUUGAAACAGCAAGCCUGUGACAGGCUUUCAAAGGAAAAUGAAGCGGAAGCGGGGAGAGAUUCGGGCGCACGGGGGAAAAGGAAAAGGAGUUCCCCUGGAAUUCCACGUCCCUCUUCCACUUCAAACUUCUGUCAUCCAGGCUAUGAAAAAACCAACUUGUCGUCCCCAAGUGGACAAUAGGUUAUUCACUAGCAUCUUAGCAUCCAUUCUACUCGACUCCUUAUCCUUUUGCCCAGCCUGUUCCAGACGUUCAGAUAAUGGAGACCUUUAGAUUCUAAGACGAGUACGAGAUUUUCUCAAUACUAAGUAGUGCACACGCGUGAGCCAGCGUUAUUUUGGCGCGAACAUGUGGUAGCCGUCGUCACUCUACUACGAGUUUUAGCGAGAACGUCGAAGUUGCGGAAACAAGUUAUCAAAUGUUAGAAGUUUUAUCAUUUUGCGAUCGGGAGAGGGUAUAACCUCCUUCACUUAAGGUAACAGUGCUAACUCUUUUCUGGUGAAAAAUGGUAAAAUAAAGCUUUCCGGGAAGUCUAUAUUUUGGGAAGACGCGAAAAAACUUCAAGUCAAAUCUCGUACUCGUAGUCGUCCUCGUCCUUGAAUCUAAGGGUCUCUAAUAGAGAGCCCACUAAAAUGGGACGCAAAAAAAAAUGAAAACGAGGGAGGGGAGAUAGAGGAAAGAGAGUCCUACAGGCGUUCCCACGACGCUCUUCCCUCUACUUGUCCUUGCUUUCUUUACCUCGCGCCACUCCAUACUAUCUGAACGCCGCUUGGAACAGGCUACCUUCGGCCUUUCUUUGUAUCCCAUUUCUCUUUUUGCCUUCGGCGAGAUCCGUUCCGCUUGUUACCAGGGCUUUUCCCCUUCUUUUCUUUUCCACCGCCUCUAAACAAGGUAUCAAAUGUGAAUUAUUUACUUACUCUCCUCAGGGUUUAUAUGAUAUCCAUGUCAAGUUACAAGGUGUUCCAUUACUAGGCUGGGAGGCUCCUGUAAUGGCUGUUGGAAUGAAUGCAAGGUAAUCCUACAGCACUACUUUGUUACUGGCCCCUUGCUCGCACACCGGAUUUCGAAUGAAAUCCAUCAUUCACUUUCCAAACGUCCUGGCGACUUUGAUGAGGGAUACUUUGAACUUCAUAAUAAAAUCGGAGCCAAGAUCUGGAACACGCUUCCGCUGACCCUGAGGAGCGAGCAUGAUUUAAACAAGUUUGUUUUGGUUUGGCCUAAAAAGGCACUUUAGAUCCAAGCCAAAUUGAGCCUCCAGUACUUUCUCUUUACUUAGUUGUUCCAUUUUUUUAUCUGUUAUUGUUUUUUGUGUUGUUUUUUCUUUUCAUCAGGGCCCCAUUCAAACCAGCCUCGCUAAACUGGGCACCCCUGGCUAAAUAUUGUUCAAAAUUAAAAAAAUAAGGAAAAAAAGGAAAUUAACCCCACAUAUAUACAGCUUAACGUUUUUCGACGAGAUGGGAAGGAUAUUUUUAGCUUAAAAAAUUAAACGAAAACACAGUUGUAGAUUGGUGUUCUGCACAUAAAAUACCUUAUCAAGACUCUGUUUGGAAAAGCACACUCUGUCCGAGUUGAUAUCGAGGCGAAAACAUCACGGCACGGGGUCAUGGCAGAAGCAUGAUAAUUCUGAUUUAGUAGAUAACGAGUCGUUUGAAUCAAAGGUAAACCCAAUCAAAUUAACAUGCCAAAAGUUUCCAGUCACUGAAUGAAAUCCUUUGCUCCCAAAAUAAAAUUUAAGGAGAAAUGUCAAAUUUCUCUGGGCCUAAUACAAAAACACUACGGUAAUGUGUAGUAAUGUAUCGUGCGAAUGUGCUGUCAAACGAGGUUUUGUUAGAAUGGUCACAGAAUAGGAUUUCCACAGACAAAAGCGUUAGACCUUCAUUACCAGUAACCGCGGUCCAUUGUUUGUGGGAAGUACUUCUGAAGUACCCAUUUGAUUUUGAUAUUUUCCCUUUCUUGUCUGUCAGUAAGUUCUCGUUUAACAUAAAUUUAUUCGCAAUUUUUGUUUGUUCAUUUUUUCAGUGAUAUUAUGAGUAGACAAGUUGUUUGUUUUAACACAGUGGAGAAGGUAAGUACCUUGUGUGAGUUUUUUUAUGUUUCAUUGCUUUAUUUUCACGUCUAGUGCUGUGGUGCAGAAUCGGAUGUGGGGAGUAUCAACCCCGGAGAUCCCCGGAGGGGAACUCAGGGGAAGUUUGGGUAGAGAUGUACCGCCGAGGCGAAAAAUGUCGUUUAUUUCGCUACCCUGUUCAAGACAAGAGACCAACAAGAGACCUCAUUCAGUGACCCUGAUUCAUGUUGCUUCGCAUACAGAAUUAAGUAAUUUUUAAAACUAGCAUCAUGAAAUUAGUUUUUUUUAAGGGGGGGGGAGGGUUGGUGGGGAAGUGUUGGUACCACACAUGUAGACCGUUCGUCACCAUCUUUACACUCUUUGUUGUAACAAUUUUGUUAACGCUGGGGUGCACUGAUAAUAGUCGUUACGAUACAUCGUCCUGUGUGACAUCGCUUCACCCUACAAUAUGUGAAAUUGAGUCUUGAGUCCUGAGUUUGCUUACAAAAAUCAGUAUCUGCGAUCGCUGAUGUGUGCAAUUUUGAAUGUGUGUGCAGACAGACGGACUAUCUUUGCGACUUUUCAGUGACUUUGAUUACUUGCAAUUACUGUAUUUACUGUCAGGUUGGCCGAAUAGUUGACGUGUUAAAGGAUAAACGCUCACACCACAACGGUUUUCCUGUUGUCGAUUGCCCUGACUCGAGUGACAAGGAGGUAAACUUUUUGUCCUUUUUUUGUGAUGUUAUGAAAUUGGCAGAAGUGGUAUGGUUUACGUGAAACUAACGUUGUCAUUUUUAGCGAUUCUUGACACAAAAACCCCCACCACCAAAAACAGCUCCGUCCGAAAGAGAGAGGAAUGUCGCUUUUUAAAGAUUAAUGCAAAAGCUAUGACCGAGCAACUUUAUUUCCGCAAAUCAGUCCCCGGCGUAGCGUUUUCAGAGUCAAUUACGGCAACAAUAAUUUCUUCGUUGAAUUUUUAAUCACGGCAAUGAUUACUUAACUUUGCUGUUUUCAGUUUGUAAAACUUCCGUGCCAUCAUAUAAUAAACUAGGGACAAAAAAACUGGGGGUGGCUAGCCCUUCGGAUUUCACCAAGCCGUUCCUUAUCAGGAGGCCCGCUAGGUAUCUCCCAUUCGUUCCGGCUUUAGUAUGUGGGAUCAGAAAUCCCAGCUGGUACUUGUCAAAGUCCCUAUUUAAAUGACUACGGAAGGCCCAUCUUAUCCAUGUGGGAGCCAUUUAGUGUUUUUUCUUUUGUAUUCUUCAUCGCGAAGUCUAUUGAAGCGUGAAAUUCACGGUGUAUCGAUAAAUCAAUAACUCUUAACUGCAAUUCGACUAUUGUCAGCGGCUUAAGUCAAUUACUUACCAUUGAAUUACGGUUUCUGAUAUUACGCAUGCGCAUUGUGUCAAAAAGUUUCGGCAAACUCGGCCAUUUAAUCCAAGCCUUGCAUACAGGAGCAAAUAUAUUAAAAACGUUGUAGAAAGCCAAAGACAAAUUUAAACAUUUUUUAUUGUGCUUUUUUUUUUUUUGAGGUUGAAAUAAAAUGCCAAAUUGGGUCUUUAAAAAAAGACAGCAAAACACUAAUUUUAACAGCCCAUGUCCUGGUUAAGUUAACUGUGGUUCUGAAUUCAGCCCCUCGCAAACAUUGAACGUCAGCAAUGCAAAAUAGUAGUCUUUCAGGGAGUGGAUAAUAAGAUGUUUACAUGUACAUGAACCGUGGUUAAUUACUUGGCUUGCACGUAGCCAUUAACAAGACGGUCUUUCUUUGUAACAUGUUAGGAUAGUGGAAGUGCUAGCAGUAAAGCAACAUUUGGGACAUAUCGUGGCUUAAUCUUGAGAUCACAGCUUAUUAUUCUUCUUAAAUCGAAGGUGAGGUUGAAAAUUUGUUCUUGUUACUGUCGUUGUGGUUCUUUCGUCUUAAAAAUUCAUGACCACAAUUAAAGAUUGCCGUAGGCACAGAACACAGCCCUUUCUCAGCGGCGCGUCGAGGUUUACAUCAAGUACAGGGUAUCGCUCUAUCACAUAUUUGUAUGCAUUUUUGAUUGCUUUCAUUCUAGAAGAGAGCGGUACAUUCCAAAUUUUUGCUCCGUUAUUCCGCAGGUUACGUGAACGCACCCGCAACUUAUUAGAAUGCUUCACUGCGCAAAUUACAUUACCUUUCUAGUCAUUCUAAGCAAUGACCGCGAUUUUCCAACUUCUGACAACCACUUCGUCUAAAGUUUUCUUAUGUUGUCUUGGCUUCUGUUUUUUCUACAGACGUUCGCGGAAGGCAACCCACCGAGGUGUAAAAAUAAAUUAACCCUGAAAGACUUUAGGGAUGCUUACCCAAGAUUUCCGCCUAUUCGGGUACGUAUAGCCCACGUCCUAACCCCAAUUCCAGCGCUCUGACUUCUCGACCACGCUAACUACCUCAUUUAGCAAUUGAGUUUAGUGACUGUGUUUUUGCUUUUACUCUAGAACGUUAGUAUAUCUCAGAAGGAAAGAGAAUGUUAUAUGGACCUGAGGCCUUAUUUAAACCCAUGUCCUUACACAUUAUAUGCGGUAAGUUAUGAUUUAUUUUUCUUUAAGCGACCAAAUUAAGAAAAGUGUUCGAAAUUCCACAUUGAAAUUAUUUUAACACAGUAGGAUCCUCGGCAUGCCUAGUUAUACCAUUUGUUUUUUGUCCUGAGACUCUUCCAUAAGUUAGCGUCGCAAACAAAACUAAAAGAAACUACGUGUUCUUUAUUUGGCUUGUCAUUUUUCUUGGGGACAGGUUCUGCGAACACCUCAGAUCUGUCUCAAAGAAAGCUGACCUACCCUUUGCUAAACAUUUUUCCUCCCCCGGUCACACAACAGAUGAUAUGAUGGUAGCUGUUGUUCGAGCGGGUCUUCACAACACCAGGGACAGACGUAGAGCGUAGGGCCGCCUAAUUUUUAAAUGCAAAACUCUACAGCCGCGCGGCAUAAACAUUGACUUCAAUUUUAUUUGAGCGAACUCUUCCAGCGCGCGCUUCAAAUGUUGCCACAUUUGAAUAAAAUGACGCGCGUUCAGUGUAACGGCAUCUUCCACUGAUGAAGGGACAGUAGUCCCGAAACGUCUGGAUUUUCAAACAUUUUAGCGCUAAGAACACAAAGACAAAUUUUAAUUGUCAUUUCUCUCGCCUGGGACCAGGUUAACUCUUCAUCUGUUAUUGCGACAAAUCUAAAAAUUAUAGACAGUUCUUACUGUUACAAAGCUACCAAAGUUCCAGCCUGCCAGUAGAACCUUUCUUUCUCUUGCUCGAUUUUGUCGUACUUGAGAAAGACUCUGUAUGAAUCGAGAAAAUGAAUCGAGUAAGAUUUUUGUUGAGCAUGCGCGGCAUGUUCCUAGGAUGUAGUGUCGAACCCAGGCCUAAUAGCCGUGCGCUUGCUACGGCGGGCUCGGUUAUGGCCAUCGGUUUAUCAAUGAAUGGAUGCUUGCACUCGAAAAAACCAGUUUUUCGAGAGAGGACAAGGUUGACUAGUCCAGAAGUUUGAGCUUUGGUGACCUCGAAGGCUUGCUUGACGUGAUUCAGGAAGAGCAUCCUUUCUUCCUCCUCACUCAAGAAGGCAAAAGGAGGCUGUACUCCCACUUUGCCAAAGUUCGUGCACUUCCCGCCUCCAGAAUAUUAGGGAGCUUAAGCAAAGACGUUUUUGAGCGACGCACGUCAACCGGAAGUGAGGCCUUCUCCCUUUUUAUCUGCUUUGGUGCUAACAAAUUUGUAUUGCUAAGUUUCUUUUCUCUUAUUAAGACGAUUUACAGGAGAGUUUGAACCAAACCACUGCCCAAUGACGCAAAAAGUCCACUUCCGUCCGUCGCUCAAAAACACCGUUGCUUAAGCUCCCUAUUUUUAGAACGGGAACCUCUCUAUAACGAACAUUUCGCUUUGUCCUAAAGAGUGACAUUCAUUCAAUCCCUACCUUCAAAAUACGCACACCUCUACGAAACGAGGCACCACGUCUCAGAUACGGAAAAUUUGUUAGAAUGAUACCAAAAGUCAUACAGUCCCUACCGUUUUGAUAAAGACAGGAGAGAUGGGUUCGUGAUAAAGAAAAUUCGUAGGUGCCUUGGGUAGGCCUUUCACAGUAAUUUUUAGGUAUUUAUUAUAACUCCGAAAACGGAGUAAAGAUUUUAGGUGCAGGAUAGCCCCAUUUAUGGGGUUACUUUAACCCCUAUUUUAACUCCAAAUUUGGGGUCAUUUUUACUCCUGAAAAACAGUUCUUGGGGUUAAUUUUACUCCUUUGUUGUUUUUACUCUUUUUGGAGUUACUUUAACUCUGAAACUGGAGUAAAACUUUUAGGUACAGGAUAACUCCUUUUUGGGGGUUAUUUUAACUCCUCAAUAUCUGGGGUGAUUUUUAAUCCCCAAAAAGGGUUCUUUAAACUAAAAUAACUCCCCCAAAAAAUAACGCCAUUGGUAAGGAGUUAAAUUAACCCCACAAGGGGAGGUUAAUAUAACUCCUUUAAAAUUUGUUUGAUUGUUUGUUUCUUCAGAAUGCUUCUCUGACACGAGCGUUUAGAUUAUUCAGGGCCUUGGGACUAAGGCACAUCGUGGUGAUAGAUGAAAACAACAAGGUGGGUGGUCUGCCUUUGGGAACUAAACUGUGGUUCUAUUUAGUUUGUUUUCUGGUCGUAAGAAGGUUUCUAUUUUAUGGUGCUUCAAACUAUUACAAUAGAACCCGGUUAAUACGGACAACUCCAAGGGGGCAUGCCACAGUUUCCCUAUUAUCCGGUUCUCCGUAUUCAUGUAGCAGACAAAGAGGAAGAAGGUUCCUGGGCGGAAACAAUGAUUGUAGGAAAAAGCCAAAGAAAACGUGUUAGCAGAGACAGAACACUUUAUUAAAAGGCUUCAAUACAAGGGUCAAACUCGAGAAGAAAGACGGACUUAUCAAAAUCAAACAUGUCGUGCUGUUUUGCUGCUGUUUUUUUACAGUAAAAAAAAAUCGUAUUAAACCAUAGAAAUCUGUCAUUAUUUGAACAGUGUUCAAUCUCUACAAUUAGCAUAUGAUUGUGACUAGGAAAAUAGAAAGUGCGUGGGAAACCAGUAUCCGUCGGUAAAGCGGGGUUGACGAUAUAUAAGAGUUUGUGACUUGGGACACAGGAAAUUGUCCGUGGUCCGUAUUAACCGGUGUCCGUAUUAAGUGGGUGUCUGUAGAGCGGGGUUCCACUGUAUGAUGAUCUGAUGCGCUUGUUUCCUGUGACAGGUUGUUGGAAUAGUAACAAGGAAAGAUAUCGCUCGUUAUCGAAUGUGGAGUCAUCGCGGUCAGAUUGGCUUAGAGGAAGUACACGUCUUGGAAACAAACACCGUGUAACAUUUUUAAAAGUUUUAAAUCACACUGUGGUCAGUCGAAAAUGUAACCAAAUGAUUAAACCUCUCCGACACAGGACCCGAGAACAGUAUGAGGUUAGAGUAGACUGACUGUGGUCUAUUGCUGUGAGAUCAACUGCGAAUACAAUUACGAAAGAAGAAACAGAGUUUAACAAUAUGAAGGAGGAAUUUACCAUGUACUUCUAGGAAACUGAACAAUUUAAAAAUCUGAUCGAGGUGCUGUGAAUCGUCGUUUUUGACCUUAUUUUAAACGGCCAUUGAAGUAUGUAAGGUCAAAAAUGUGUUCUUCAAGGUGUGCUGAUAAGGAGUUCUAUUCCGGUCUGAAGAAUCGCAUCUCUCUUAAAAAGACGUGGUGGCGUAGUGGCCGGGCGAUUUGUAGGAGCGGGUUCAGGCAUUGUCGUCAAGUUGUUUGUACCUGUUAGAUAAGAAACUUUGCCCCACCUCCACCCAAGGCUAUAAAUGGAUACCCAUCCGGAGUAGGGGGGGGGGGGAAGGAGAGGGAUAGCCAUACUCCUAGAUGCUUCAUGCAACACAAACCGGGUUUAGCUCUUCCCGUUUGGGUCUUCUUUGCUCUUGUCAACUUAAAAGAAGUGAUCAGUGCAAAUACAUCACGAAGGUUUCAUUACAGACGAAAACAUUCGAAGCAUCUUUCAUAGACUGUUUACAGUCCCCUAUCCUUUCGUAAGAUCGUAAGAAUCGGGCGCCUAUCUUGACGAUCUUACGGAAAAAUAGGGGACUGUGAACAGUCAUAUCGUUCAGGGCGGAAUACACAGGCUACUAGAAAGUACCACACUAAAGCUUUCGUUUUAAUGGCCACUCCUUUAGACUGCUCAUCAAAUGAGGCAAAAGUCGGAACCACCCUUUUACAGCGUAAUUCGAUAAGCAACACCCGCCGUGGGUACUGCGAUUGAAAAUAUAGGGCGCUUACCAUUUGUAAGAACCAGCUGAUCAGACCAGUCCAGUCAUGAGGAGAAUUCCACUACCUAUCAGGACUAUCCAGCCCGAUCAGUUUAUAGUAUUUCUAAAUGGUAUAAAUGGCAGUGAUGGGUUUAA